CCUUUGUACCCAGGGUUCCUGCACAGAGAAGCUCCUAGUCCAGGGGAAGACUGAUGACAAGGACCUUCCUCAAGAGCCAACAGAGAGAGAUAGCCUUCCCUUGGAGCUGAUGCCCGAAUUUGGACUUCUAGUUUACUAGGCUGUACGAAAAUAAUGGAGUUGACACCCUGAAUUUGGACUUCUAGCUUACUAGAAGAGAAAAUAAAUUUUUCUCUGUUAAAGCCAUCCACUUGUGGAACUUCUGUUACAGCAGCACUAGGUGACUAAGACGGCAGGCGGUUAGCUUCCUUGGGGGUGCGGCCCACAUCCAACAUAUAUGAAAUUUCUGGCAAAGCUUGCUAGCUUUUGCUCUGCUCUGGAUCCUGUAUCUGGCUUGUCAUCAUUUCAUCUCUGGUUCUUGGGACUUGAGCCAACAGCCUGCUGUCUUACCUGUUGAUGUUGGGAUCAUCAGCUUCUGCAACCACAUGAAGAUGCCUCCAACCUGACACCUGACCCACGGACUUGGGACUUUCCACCCUCUACAAUCGUAUAGACAUUUCCUUGACAUAAAUCUCGGUAUAAAUCUGUCUAUAUAUAUAUGUGCUUCCCUGGUUUUGCUUCUCUAGGGAACUCAGCCUAAGACACGUGGUAUUAACAUUUACAAGUUUCAGGUCUGGGGCAGCUAUUGAGGGAGCCCUCUAAGUCCGGCCUCCCCUGGUGCUCUCCCUUCAGGAAUGUGGCGGUGUCCCCUUCACCUUCACUGGGUUUGAGCUUUGCUGUGCAGAAGAAAUGGGAGAACCAGCCAUGGCCCUCCAGAAAAGAGGAAGGUGUAGCUUGCAGGGUGGUUUAGGUGGGAGGGGGCUUUGGACCAGGGUCUGAAAAAGAGGAACCCUGACCAGGCAGGACCCACCUGGAGAAGGUCAUUGCCGCUACUGGCGCAGAGAAAAGCGGAUCCAGGAAAGACGGGGGUUUCCAUCUUGUGCUCACCCCCUUUCUUGGGAAGGAAAGUGUAGAAGGUGAGGGCAGCAGACCUGAGUUCAGCUUGGGGACCCUGGCCAGGCCAAGACCCUGGCGCCCCCCCCUCCCCGGGAUGAUGCCACAGGGUCUGAGUCCCUGGUGCUGCUCCCCAGCAUAGGGGUGGGGUGGAGGUCAGAGGGGCACAGCCACCUAUGUGCAGGGAAGCUGGUGCCCCAGCCCACUUGGGGUGUCCAGGGUAUUCUUUGUAAACUCUCAACAACCUGAACCCCAAAGCAGCUUUUUCCUGCUUCAGGCUCCCCUUCUUACCCAGUGGAAGGGUAAGCCCUCCACCCAGGCGGAGGUCCCAGCUGUCCGUUUCUGACCUGCCUACUGAUCUGCCUCCCACUUAAGGAGGAAGGAGGUGGGUGCUGCUCAAGGCAGGGGCGUAGGGCUGGAGGUUGAUGGGAGGCGGAUCAGGUAGAGCCCAGGGAGGGUGUGGCCGCCGCAGGGUCUUGGGGGAGGGGCAGAACUUGGGGUCCAGCAGGCCUCUUCCCCCAGCAACAGUGACUCACAAAGCUGGCCUGCUCGCCUGGAUCCCGCCACCCCACCCUACCCCGUCGCCCAUGGAAGGCACAGGUCACAAAGGCCACGAGGGCCGAGCCUUGAGGAGGCGUGCCCUACGCCAGCCCUGAGCGGUGUUUGCCCCUGCAGCCGCUCUCUGGGCCGGGCCUGGGCCUCCCGCGGAGACCCAGGCCUGGCAACUGGGUGUGGGGGCUUGUGUGCAGCGCCCCGUAGCCUCGGGGCCCAUGUGUGUCAUCUGCUUCGUGAAGGCGUUGGUGCACGUGUUCAAGAUCUACCUGACCUCCAACUACACCUACAAUUUCCGCGGCUGGCCGGUGGACUUCCGCUGGGAUGAAGAGUGCGCCACUGGCGGGGGCGGCAGCGGGCACCGAGCAUUGACGUGCGCCGCAGCUGCGGCGGGCGUAUGGCUGCUGCAGGGCGCGGCGUUGGGCGAGGACACGCCAGGGCGGCCGCUGCACGCUGCGCGCAGCCAGGCACAGUGCCUCCUGCAGCAGAUCCGCGAGCUGCCCAGCCAGCUCGCCAGUUACGCGCUGGCCCACUCGCUGGGCCGCUGGCUGGUGUACCCCGGCUCCAUGUCCCUGAUGACCCGCGCGCUGCUGCCGCUGCUGCAGCAGGGCCAGGCGCGCCUAGUGGAGCGCUACCAAGGCCGACGCGCCAAGCUCGUCGCCUGUGAUGGUAACGAGAUCGACACCAUGUUCAUGGACCGCCGCCAGAACCCGGGCAGCCACGGCCGCGGCCUGCGCCUCGUUAUUUGCUGCGAAGGCAACGCUGGCUUCUACGAGAUGGGCUGUCUGUCGGCGCCGCUCGAGGCUGGCUACUCGGUCCUAGGCUGGAACCACCCAGGCUUCGGGGGCAGCACGGGAGCGCCGUUUCCACAGCACGACGCCAACGCCAUGGACGUAGUGGUCAAGUACGCGCUGCAUCGCCUGCACUUCACGCCUGCGCAUGUGGUGGUCUACGGCUGGUCCAUAGGCGGCUUCACGGCCACCUGGGCCACCAUGACGUACCCAGAGCUGGGCGCGCUGGUGCUCGACGCCACCUUUGACGACCUGGUGCCGUUGGCGCUGAAGGUCAUGCCCCACAGCUGGAAGGGGCUGGUGGUGCGUACCGUGCGCGAGCACUUCAACCUCAACGUGGCGGAGCAGCUGUGCCGCUACCCGGGGCCAGUGCUGCUCCUCCGGCGCACGCAGGACGACGUAGUCAGCACCUCGGGCUCCCUGCGCCCCCUGCCGCCCGGCGACGUGGAGGGCAACCGCGGCAACGAGCUGCUGCUGCGUCUGUUGCAGCACCGCUACCCGGCUGUGAUGGCGCGCGAGGGCCGCGCGGUCGUAGUACGCUGGCUGCGCGCCAGCAGCCUGGCGCAGGAGGCCGCCUUCUAUGCACGGUACCGCGUGGAUGAUCAGUGGUGCCUGGAGUUGCUGCGCUCCUACCGCGCGCGCUGCGAGGAAGAGCUGGAGAACGAGGAGACCUGGGGGCCGCACGGGCUCGCCUUUCCCUGGCUAGUGGGCCAGGGCCUUAGCACGCGGCGACGCCGGCAGCUCGCGCUGUUUCUGGCUCGCAGGCACCUCAAGAACGUGGAGGCCACUCACUGCAGCCCGUUGGAGCCGCAAGACUUCGAGCUGCCCUGGGCGCUGUAGCCGACUUUCUCUGUGACUCCCAUGUUCGCGCACCCACUCUCCUUCCCACACCUCAGCCCGUAAAGCUGGCCCUGUCUGCAGAUGCUGGCAGGGAUUUCUCUCAGGGAGGUGGUGUCUGGGGAGAGGGGAGGGCAGUACACAGAUUCCUGUGGGCCUCUCUUUUGGGAGGGCCUUCUGCCCUUCUUCCUUCUGUUCUUCCCUGCUCGCCCUUUCCUUCUUCCUACCUCUUCCUCCCACACUUUUGGACGUCCCAGUUUGUGCCCAGCACCUAAAGGGAAUGCAAAAAUUAACCUGACCCAGUUUGACAAUGCUGUGUGAUGGGUGCUUUGAUAACCACAAAAGGACAGUGGGAACUGGAGCUGUGGGGAGGAGCCCUGAACCUUGCCUGGUCACAGGGACACUUCUGGAAACGCACCAGCUUUGUGUUUAAGAGUGCAUGCAAGUUACCCCAGCUGUGCAAGGAAUGCAUUUUGUAGGUUUUUGCAGCCAGUUUGAUAUUGCUGAGUGUUAGGACCCUCUCCCCACCUCCACACUCCUGGCAUCUAUGGGAUGGGGUUCACGGCUGUGCCACAGACUUGGAGGGACAGGUAUACGCAGUGGCCUGUCCAUACAGGGCUGCAGUUGCACCCGCACUGACCACUUGUUCCUGGCAUUCCUGGCACAGGGACCCAAUACAGAUGAGACAAUGCCUCUGCUCGACACCAUCUGUGAUUUAUUCACUUCUUUGUUGUCUACCCUUAACUGCAUGGAGCAGGCACUAUCAGCUGUCCCUGUCGUCCCCCGCCCCGGGACAGGGCCUGGCCAGGACAGGUUGAGCAAGCAUUUUUGAAAUCAGUGAAUCUAAAAAGGCCAGUGGAGUAGGCAUAGUACUGGCAGCACUACAGCAUGGGGAAGCACCUGGGCCUGUGAGAGCAGAAGAGGCACCUACAGGGCCUGGGAUACCAGGAAGACACCUGCCCCGAGGAGCUAGCCAGGUGAACGGAGGGGCGGGCUUUGAUGCAGAGUGGCCAGGCUGUAGUCUGAAGGGGAGGGUACAAUCCUUAGGGUCCAGAUCUUAAAGGGUCUGAAUACCAUUUAAGGACAUUCUUCAGGGACAGGUAGGAACCAAGGAAGGGAAAUCAGAAGACUUGUUCUAGCAGAGCCACGUUUUGGUUAUGUGCCUCUCAUCUGGAGUCACUUUGUGCUGGAAACUGACUCAACUCCCUUCAACCAGCUGUGUAAAAUGGGCACAGUGCCAGGCCUGGCUCACAGGACUGCUGUGAAUAGGGUCAGCCAACACUGGGGUGACCUAGCGCAGGGCUGGGCAUCAUGGGAGAAGGCUUCCCUGCAGGGUGUCUGUGCCCAUGGAAUUGGCGCCCACAAGGCCAGUGCCAGAGUGUGGACCUGGCAGAGGAGCACCAGACCAAAGGAAGUCAGAUGACUUCCAGCAACCAGGUGUGGGCAGCCUGGCGGUUCAGUUCUUUUCCUGGGCAACCUCCAUACAAUAAUACAAGAACAGACAAAAAGAGAGGUGGGAAAAGAAAAAAAAAA